GAAGUUUGAAGCCAGAUGGCGCGGUUUGUGUUUCAUGGUUUGUAUAUGUUUUAUUCUGGAUGUUUUUAGGUUAUGUUAUUGUCAAGGGGUGUAUGAGACAUGAGAUCUAUAAAGUAUAUAUAAGUUUAAUAUUAAAUUCAUACAUGUCAUUGACGAUGAGCUACCGAAUUCUCGCGAGAAUAAGUAAAUGUAGAUCGACCGGAUUGUCAUCGCGGAUUAUUAUCGCAAGGUGGUUUAGCAGCACCGCGGAAAACAUAGAAUCCGCAAAGAAGAAUGCUGCUCCAGCUCCGCAGCCGGGUAAAGUCCAAGCCGCGUUGCUAAAAGAGUUCUCCAGUCCUCUCGUAAUAGAGAAUCUAGAGCCGCCUAAAAGAACACAGGAGACUGAAGUUCUCAUUGAUGUUCACUAUUGUGCCUUGAACAUUUCUGAUGCGCUUCUCAGUCAGAAUUUAUAUACAAUCAAACCAAAAUUACCGAUGAUUCUCGGUUAUGAGGUUGUUGGAAAAUUGAUCGAGGUUGGUGCAGAGGCAGAGAAGAAUGGUUAUAGGGUUGGCGAUAAAGUUAUUGCUCUUAAUAAGGAACGAUACGGAGGCUUGGCUGAGAAGUGCCUGGCAGAAGUUGGGGAUAUAUGGAAGGUACCUUCUACAAAAUCAGCCAAUUCUGCAGAUCUUGUGAGUACUUUAGACAGUUAUAUCACUGCUCUAGUUGCGUUAGAAAGAAAAGUCAGUCUCAAUGAAGAGGACAUGAUUCUGAUAAACAUUGGCGUAAGUGGCGUUGGCCUGGCAGCAGUGGAUAUUGCAACAAAUGUUUUUAAAGCUCAGGUCAUUGGAGUUUGCGCCUCAGAAGAUUGGGCCGAUCGAGCUCGGAAGAUGGGGGCAUUCGCGGCUCUCAAAUACAAAGAUAAGAAGCUAAUUAAGCAGAUAGAGAAAAUCGCGGCCGAGCGAGACAUUAAAGCCAUCUUUGAGGACGAGGACGGAGCGCAUUUCAAGAAGAUGUUGAGCUGCUUUACCGACAUCUACAAAGACGCAACGUUAGGGGACUUGUUGCGCAAUGACAGUUUCGCCGUGGCAGUGCAUCACUUGUCGCGCGAAGGGCGCGUAAUCGUGGCUGGCACAACCAUGACGGGUGCUUCGGAGACUCAGAAAGGCUCCUUCAGCGUCACUGGCUUUAAUCUCAUGGAAUACAAAAAGAAGAAGCCUGACGUAUAUCGCCAAGCAGGAGACGACGUUCUACAAUUCCUCGAAGAAGGGCUCAUCGCGCCGUCUUAUUCCUUGAUCGUCGGCAUGCACAAAGUCAAUGACGCAUUGCGAUCCAUUUCUGAAAAUGUACUUCCAGGGAAAGUUGUUAUUGACAUGAGGGAUAAGGAAGCUGAGAUAACAAAAGUGGACACGUGAUCAGAUUGCAUGAAUUCUUAAUGAGCAUUUUAUAAUGCUAUGGUCCAUUAAAGACGAGAAAAGCACGCUGGCAGUGCAUACCAUUAUGUGAUUUUACAUUUAUAGCUCUAUAAAAGCGCAAUAAAUGUUAUAUAAGUAGAAUGUAUUAAUAUAACAUUAAGAUCGUUAAUAAAACUUUCUUUUGUAAA